AUGUAUUCUUUGGAAAAUCAUCGAAGUAGUUUCAACAGUGAUCAUCAUCACCAACGGCAUCAAAAUGAUACAUUAUUCAACACAUUGAAAUCUUCAUCAUCAUUCUCAUCAACGUCAUGUAUUGCAUAUGAUGAUGACAAUGAUUUAGAUGAAGUGAGAAUUUUUCUUAAUAAAAAUGAACAUGAUGUAACUGAUGAUCAAGAUGCAACUAGUUAUGAACUUUCUGAAGAAUUAUCAACAAAAGCUCUUCGAAGAAAUUCAUCUUUAUCUCUUUCUUCUUUGUCUUCUUGUUCAGUAUUAUCAAAAUCUUUUCAUAGAUCUAUUCAAUCAACUUCACUUAGAACAUCUACACCAUGUAGGGAUAUAAAUUUCACCAAUAAUAAAAUUGAUACAUAUCCUCAUCCUACAAAGCAAACUUCAAGUCGUAGAGUAGUAAGUGCACAAUCACAUAGACAACAAAGUAAAGAAAAUCUUAUUCCAAAAAGUAACCAUGGUGAACAACAUAGAACUAAAAAUUAUCACACAGAUUCUGUUAAACAGAUACCAAAGGAAAGCUUUACUGGAAAUCAAAUGAAAAAUUAUCAUUUAGAUAAUCAUAACAGUAUUCUUGCGGAAAAUCCCACCAGAAGUGAACAAUUGGGUUGUAAUACAUCUUCUCAAGAAGUGUUAAACAAAAAAUUGCAGCGGAAUCAAACUAACAGUAAGAGAGACAAACAAAUUAAAAGAUAUAAACUACAAAAUAAACGGUUAGGUUUUGAUAAAAAAAGCAAAACACACUAUAUGAACACUCAAUAUUGUUCAAUGGACAAUUCAAAGACCUGCGCUAAAAAAGAUUUCUCUUCAACAUACACUUCAAAUGGGAAUAAAAAUGUACAGGAAAAAACAACAGAUUUAUCUCUCAUGACGAAUUCGACGUUAUCUCGUCCUGCUAAUUCCAACUCCAUAUGUCAAAUGUAUCAUCAUAAAAAAUCUAAUUCUCUUCGUUCAAAUGAUCAUCAAUUCAUUCGUGUACUUUCAUCAGAUAAAGAUAGACGUGCAAUUAUUAAAACUGAAAAUGAAAAACGUCAAGCAAUAAAACAAAUUCAAUUAUUAGCCUCUGAAGAAGCAUUAAUAUUGGCUAGGGAAAAAGCACUAGAACGUAGACAAACUAAAUUAAUAGAAAUUCAUAAAAAUUUGCAAUUGAAACAUAAACAAGCUGAAAUUCGUAGAAAAGCUAUUGAAGCUUCAAAACAGGAACGCUUCAAUCAGUUGUCUAAACAGUCACAAGAUUACGACCGACAAAAAAGUAUCUCUAACCGACAGCAGCUUCAGAAACCUUCUAACAGACUUCCCUCUUGUAGAUCUAACUUACUCCUUAACUAUCGUAAAAUGAAUAACAACAGUAUAAAAGUAUCUUCAUUAAAGGAUACAAAUGAAUCAAUGAUUACAUCAUCAGUAACAACAAUAACAACAAUCAAUACGAAUACUGUUACCGCUACUAUAAAAUGUCCUUUUGGUUUCGGUUCCAGUACACCAAGAUUUGUAUGUUAUACAAGUAAAGAAUUAAUGCAUUUCAAACAUUCUCCUGUAACAAAGAUAAACAAUUCAAAUAGGGUUCAUUCUCAAUUUUGUAACUAUGGUGAUAGGAUUAUUAGUUCUUCCAGACAAAAUAGUUAUACUAAACAAUCAUUUAUUAAAAGUGAAUAUUAUUAUUAUACAAACAAACGUCUUGUUAAAUCAGCACAUCAAGAUACUACUAAUCAUAUUAAUAAUACUAAUGAUAAACUUCAUUAUCAAAAUUGGCAAAGUUUAUCUCUUUAUUUGGAUUGUGAUUCAAUUAAUACAAGAACAUCCAUAGGAAGUGAUCAGUCAAUCAUUCCAACGGAACAACCAGGCGGAAAAGUUCUUCUGUCCAGUAAAAAUAAACAUCGAAUUCAUAAAACUACUACUAACAGUGUUGAUGGUAAUGUUGACAGUCGAAGGUUAAAUUGUUCAACACAGUCCUCUUCAAAGUCACCUUCAUUCAUUACAAAAACGAAAUCUAUACAGAAGUCAACAAAUUCUCCUAGAUCAAUGAGAAUAACAAAACGAUCAAGUAUACAAUCACUGACAUCCAUCAUUUUAUCAUCUUCAACAUUUAAUUCAUCAAAACAAUCCUUACCUGUAAAACAAAGCUGUAAAGUACUACAACAAAACCUUAAUAAAUAUAAUUGCUUUGAAUCUAGGAAUAUCAAUAAUACGAAACAUACAAUAGUUCAUUGUCAAACUGUAAAUUCUCAUAAGUUACUUGAUGCAGGUAAACGAAACCUAAAACAAAUGAACUCUUUAGAUAUUCAAUCAUUAAAUAAAUCAUUCAUUGAUCAGAGGAAAGCAAAUCCGAAUAUAGACAUGAAAGUAGAUCAAUCAGAAAAUGAAAGAAUUGAAAGGAAAAAUGAUGAAAAACUACCCAUAAUAAUAACAACAACUCAAGGAAAUGUACAGAAGACAUCAAUAGACAGUUCGAAUUCUCCUCCUACAUUCAAAGACCAUCAAAUAAUAGCAGACUUAAUUAUCGAAGAAAUCCUACAAAACAUAACAGAUGAAAACAUUUCAAAAACAACAGAUGAACAAUUUAUGGAAACAGAUGAAAAUGAAGCUAAAACUGUAAAGCAUCAAAUGGAAUCAUUAGGUCUAACGUCUACUACUGAAGUUGAAUCUUCAGUCUUAUCUUUAACUUCUUCACUAUCAACAGCAUCAGAAGCAUCAUCAUCGUUUUCACUAUUAUCAAACAUGACAACAACUAAUGGAACACUAACAGAUACUCUAGUUGUUACAACUUCUGUCAUGCAAAUGUCACCUAUAACAACUACUAAUUCAACAAACCUUAUAAACACUUCAUUAUGUAAUAAUUCAUUAACAGUCUUAAAUGAAUUAAUGUCUAAAACAUUACAGUUUAAUUAUUCAACAAAAUCAAUAAUCAAUAAAAUAGAUAAAUCUAUCAUUAAUGAACAAUCAAUAAUCAAUAAAAUUAAUAAUAUACAAUUACAAGAGAAUAUAAAUCAUAUACAAUUAAUUAAUAAUAAUAAUGAUAAUCAAAUACAAAUAAAGAACAAUUACCAAUCAAAUUUAGUGAAUAUUCGAGAAAAACCAAUCCAAAUUGUAUAUCCUUUUCAUUCUACCAAUUUAUCUCAAUCUGGAAGAUUAAUCAUUUCAUUAUCAGCUGAAUUAGCUGAACGUGAAGCACGUAAAAAACGUUUAGAAGGAAUUAUGUCACGUAUCAAAUUACAUUCUAAUGAUAAUUAUAAUCAAACAAUCAAUAAUGAAUCUUCUAUGGAUAAACUAACCAAUACAGUACAAGAUAUAGGAGAAAUUUAUCAUUACAGCAAACUGCAACAAGUAACAACGUCAGUACUAAAUCACAUAACAGUUCCCCCAUUGGUUCUAAAUUCAUUGACACAUAGUUCUCAAGAGGGGAAAUGCAUAUCUACAUCGUAUAUUUUACCCAACAAUAUUAAUCCAGACAAAAAGGACCAUCUUCCCGAAUCUACAGAUGAACUAACCUUCCAUGGUGAAAACGAUCAUAAUAAUGAUCCUGAUGAACAAGAAUAUGAGAAUAAACCUAUUCAAUUAGAUAGUAAUAAUGAUGAUACAAUAAGAAAUCGUGCAUCUAUUAUUGCUAAUAUGUUAGCUUCUGGUAGAUUAGAUAGAAAUAGUCGUGCAGCUGAAGUACUGAUUACUAUGAUAUCAAAGAAUCAAUCAGAUUUAAAUAAGAAUAAAUAUAUAGAGAAUAUACAUAAAGCGGAUGAAGUUAUACCUGAUUAAGUUGAACUAUUCAAUCCAAAUAAAUCAAAAUGAAUAGACAAAUGAAACAAUUAUACAAUCUUCUUCUUCCUCUUCUUCUAUGUAACAAUAUAUCAAUAGGUUAACAUAAAACAAGAUAUAAUACAGUAGUUGAACAACAACAACAACAACACCAGCAGCGGCAGCAACAACAGCAGGAGCGACAAUGACAAAAAAUAAAAGUAAUACAC